UAAUAAAGUGGAUGACGCAUUAAAUAAACUGAAGAAACUAGAAGAGGCCAAGAAAGUUUCCGAUAAGGAGAUCGCAAAGCUAAAAUCGGACCUAAAGGUCGCCAAAGAUUGUCUACACACGUAUCAAGCAUCUCUAAAUGAUCUUGAGCAAUAUUCUC